AUGGUGUCGGCCCCUGGGGUUGUAAGAUACCAGGAGACUAAGAACACAUACCAGGAGACCGAGAACAGAUACCAGGAGACCGAGAACACAUACCAGGAGACUAAUAACAGAUAUCAGGAGACUAAGAGCAUAUACCAGGAGACCGAGAACAGAUACCAGGAGACCGAGAACAGAUACCGGGAGACUAAAAACAUAUACCAGGAGACUGAGAACAUAUACCAGGAGACUAAGAACAGAUACCAGGAGACUAAGAACAUAUACCAGGAGACCGAGAACAUAUCCAGGAGACAGAGAACAUAUAACAGGAGACUAAGAACAUACCAGGAGACUAAGAACACAUACCAGGAGACCAAGAACAGAUACCAGGAGACCGAGACCAGAUACCAGGAGACUAAGAACACAUACCAGGAGACUAAGAACACAUACCAGGAGACUAAGAACACAUACCAGGAGACUAAGAACAUAUACCAGGAGACCGAGAACAGAUACCAGGAGACUAAGAACACAUACCAGGAGACUAAGAACACAUACCAGGAGACCGAGAACGGAUACCAGGAGACUAAGAACACACACCAGGAGACUAAGAACAGAUACCAGGAGACCGAGAACACAUACCAGGAGACCGAGAACAGAUACCAAGAGACUAAGAACACAUACCAGGAGACUAAAAACACAUACCAGGAGACCGAGAACAGAUACCAGGAGACCGAGAACACAUACCAGGAGACCGAGAACACAUACCAGGAGACCGAGAACAGAUACAAGGAGACCGAGAACACAUACCAGGAGACCGAGAACAGAUACCAGGAGACCGAGAACACAUACCAGGAGACCGAGAACACAUACCAGGAGACUAUGAACACAUACCAGGAGACUAAGAACACAUACCAGGAGACUAAGAACAGAUACCAGGAGACCGAGGACAGAUUCCAGGAGACCGAAAAGAUAUACUAG